AUGCCGGGUAUGAUCAUUAGAGAUCAUCCUCCUACAGAAAGAAGAAGAUUCCGAAUGCGGAAACCACUAUUCCUACGUAUAGUGGAUACUGUUACAGCUAAUGACAUAUAUUUUCCACAAAGACGUGAUGCCACAGGCAGGCAAGGUCUUUCAUCAUUGCAAAAAUGUACUGCAACUAUACGUGUGCUAGCGUAUGGGACAUCAGCAGAUGCACAUGAUGAUCAAGAGUACCUUAGAAAGCCCAAUGAUAAUGAUUUAGCAAGAUUACUCCAUGUUGGGGAAGAACGUGGAUUCCCAGGAAUGAUUGGCAGCAUUGAUUGUAUGCAUUGGGAAUGGAAAAAUUGUCCCAAUGCUUGGGUCGGGCAAUAUGCAGGUAGAAGCGACAAACCAACAAUCAUUUUAGAAGACGUUGCAUCAUAUGACUUAUGGAUAUGGCACACAUUCUUCGGAACACCGGGUCUGUGCAAUGAUAUUAACAUCCUUCAACGAUCUCCUGUUUUUGAUGAUGUAUUGUCAGGUCGGGCACAAAAUGUUAGUUACGUCGUGAAUGGUAAGGAAUAUAAAAGGACGUAUUAUCUCACCGAUAGCAUAUAUCCUUCAUGGGCUGCCUUUGUCAAGUCCAUAACCUGUCCACAACUUCAAAAACACAAAUUGUUCACUCAACAUCAAGAGGCUGUUAGAAAAGAUGUUGAACGAGCAUCUGGAAUUCUGCAAGCUCGUUUUGCAUUUCUUUGA